AUGUUCCUCAUCGAUGCCAAGACACUUGAACUGAAAAACUUCUCAGGCAAGCCCAUGCCUGACGAUGGAUACGCCAUCUUAUCUCAUACCUGGGAAACUGAAGGGGAAAUAUCCAUGCAAGAGUUCCGCCAACCCUCGGCUGACACUAAAGCCAAACCUGGCUACGCGAAGAUUCACAAAGCAUGCGAGAAAGCCCUUCAAUACGGCAUCCACCACGUCUGGGUCGACACCUGCUGCAUCGACAAAACAAGCAGCGCAGAGCUCUCCGAGGCCAUCAACUCUAUGUUCCCCUGGUACGAGGAAGCGCUCGUUUGCUUUGCCUACCUGUCUGACGUGCCGCCGGCCCUCGGCUCACCCCAUGACAACUUCGACACGUCUCGCUGGUUCACCCGCGGAUGGACGCUGCAGGAGCUCGUGGCGCCGCAGAAGCUCGACUUCUUUGCCAAUGACUGGACACUAAUUGCGAACCGACAUGAGCUUGCGAGUCGCAUCAGCCAUAUUACAAACAUCAAGGAAGCACACCUUGUCGGCGCAACACUCGCCGCCCAGCGAGACCUGCUCGCCAGAACCAGCGUGGCCGAGAAGAUGAGCUGGGCUUCGAAGCGGGAAACCACUAGAAAGGAGGAUAUGGCCUACUGCCUGCUCGGAAUCCUGGGUGUGAACAUGCCGCUCAUCUACGGAGAAGGCGAGAGAGCUUUCCUUAGGCUUCAAGAGGAAGUGGUGCGGACCUCUUUUGAUCCGACCAUCUUGGCUUGG